GUCCUAAUUGUCCUUGGGGUAUGAAUUGUCCAGGUGUAUUCCUGCCCUUCGCCAAAUGUUUGGUGGGAUAAGCUCCAAACCCCUGACCAAGAGGAUGGAUGGACAAAAUCCACCUACAGGUUUACAAAAUCAUAGAAAGAAGACUACUACGAACUCGAGGACAUCGUAAUGGAGGUCCAGCGAAAGCAGGUCCUGAAUGUGGAGAGCAUCGCUUCCUUGGAGUCAUGGAUGCAGAGGACUGCCACCAAACUCGUCCAAGUGAAUGGCCAGAGGAAGUAUGGCGGGCCACCUCCCGACUGGACCGGUCCGGCACCAGGGCCCGGGUGCGAGGUUUUCAUCAGCCAGAUCCCGCGGGACGUGUACGAGGACAAGCUGAUCCCGCUGUUCCGCAGCGCGGGCCCGCUCUACGAGUUCCGCCUGAUGAUGAACUUCAGCGGGCAGAACCGCGGCUUCGCCUACGCCAAGUACCGCGACCCGCACAGCGCCGCGGCCGCCAUCCGCUCGCUGCACCAACACCCGCUCCAGCAGGGGGCGCUGCUCGCCGUGCGCCGAAGCACGGAGAAGAGGCAGCUGAGCCUGGGGGACCUCCCGCCCGGCGUGGACCGCGACAGGCUGCUCCAGGUGCUCAGGGACCUGUCCGACGGCGUGGAGUCGGUCUCCCUCAAAUUCGGGAAGGGCAGGAGGAAGGUCACCGCCAUCGCGCACUACACCUCCCACUACAACGCCUCCAUGGCCAAGAAGGCCAUCUGUGAAGCGUUUAAGAGGAAAUUUGGGAUCGUCGUCACGGUGAAGUGGUUCAGCUUCUCCAGCAAGCCCAGGCUGGACGAGGAAGAGGAGGAGGAGGAGGAGGAAGAGUUGGGGGGAACCUUCCCAGCCCCGAAGGUAUUCCCCAAACCGUGCCCUCUGCCCCCCUGCCGUCCCCUGGACCACGACCCCCGCCCUCCUCCUAGCCCCCAGGAGAACCUCUGGAACCUCCUUACCCCCAGCCGCGGCCCCACCCCGCCCCGGCCAGACGUCCCGGAGCUGAAGGACGCCGUGGCGCUCCUGCUGAGGGUCUGCGAGGCCUUCAAGGUGGGGCCCCCCCUGUACGACCUGCAGUUCCUCCACACCGGGGCCAACGGCUUCCUCUACUUCACCUACAGAGUGCUGAUCCCAGGGCUACCGGAGCCCUUCACCGGGGUGGCUCACAUCCUGCCGGGCACCAGCGCCCCCUUACUGCGCUACGAGGUGCAGCGGGCGGCAGCCGAGCGCAUCCUCAAACGCCUCUCCCAGCCUUGAGCGCCCGUCGGCGCGGGCUCCCGAUUUUACCGUUUGGGUUGGGAUCUGUGUGUGGUCUUUCAGUCUGUGGCUUUUUAUUUUUUUUUAAUUUUCAUUUUAAAUAACAGAUUUUAUUUGAGAUUUUGCACUCUCCUUGUGUUGUGAAGAUGAAAAAGGAUGGCCGUUAUUAGUUUGAAAGAAGAAUAAUGCACUGUAAAGCAAGCGAGAUGCAGUGAACGGAUGAGGUCAGAGCCUGCAGACUUGUUGUUAUGGUAACAGAGUACCCUUCUCUCUGGGCGUGUGUUAUUUUACCGUUUUCUUUUGCACUUCUGUAAAUAGUUUGAUUUAUUUUUUUUCCCUUUCCCCACGUUUUUGUAUUUCCUACACGAUUGCCUUUCAUGACACCAGAUUGCUUUAACAAUUAUGCACUAAAUAGACUAGGAAAUGUGUUAAGCACUGUCCAUUGUUUUUUUGUUUUUUACUCGUUCUC